UUAUCCAAAAAUCUCUGCAAAAAACUAAACCAUAAAUCAAUCCAAAAAGAAAAAAAAAUGAGAAGCGGUUCGGGAGAGACGAAAUUAGUGCAGGAGCUGAUUCUGUACGCGGCGAGCGCCGCCCUGAGUUGUUUGGUAAUGUUCGUGGGGCUGAAGCAACUCGACCCUAACCGCGACGCCGCCAAAAAAGCCCUAGAGCACAAGAAGGAAAUCGCCAAACGCUUAGGCCGACCUCUCGUUCAAACCAAUUCUUAUGAGGAUAUUGUGGCUUGUGAUGUAGUCAAUCCCGACCACAUAGAUGUGAGAUUCGAUACCAUUGGAGGAUUGGAUGGUAUUAAGGAAGCUUUGUACGAGUUGGUUAUUCUUCCGCUGCAACGACCCGAGCUAUUCUCUCGUGGGAAGCUUCUUGGUCCACAGAAGGGUGUUUUGUUGUAUGGACCGCCGGGCACCGGGAAGACAAUGCUUGCCAAAGCAAUUGCGAAAGAGUCGGGUGCUGUAUUCAUUAAUGUUAGGGUGGCAAAUUUAAUGAGCAAGUGGUUUGGCGAUGCUCAAAAACUAGUGUCUGCUGUGUUCACCUUGGCCCAGAAACUCCAGCCAGCCAUAAUCUUUAUCGAUGAAGUGGAUAGCUUUUUGGGCCAGCGGAAAUCUACAGACCACGAGGCACUAACAAAUAUGAAAACUGAGUUUAUGUCUUUGUGGGAUGGUUUCACCACAGAUCAUGAUGCUCGAGUGAUGGUACUAGCUGCUACUAAUCGUCCAUCAGAGCUCGACGAAGCAAUUCUUCGGCGACUUCCUCAGGCAUUCGAAAUUGGGAUGCCUAACCGUAAGGACAGGGCUGCAAUAUUGAAGGUGGUAUUAAAAGAUGAGAAAGUCGAAGAUGGCAUCGAUUAUGAUCGCGUUGCUGCUCUAUGUGAUGGUUAUACUGGUUCAGAUAUUCUCGAGUUCUGUAAAAAAGCAGCAUACCUUCCAAUUCGGGACUUGCUUGAUGAUGAGAAGCUUGGAAAGCCUUCUCCGGAGCCGAGACCAUUGUCACAGGCGGAUUUGGAGAGAGUAAUAGCCACAACAAAAAAGACGAACGUAGCUGCAAAUGAAUACAGCAGAUUGAGUUCAAGUUGGCAAAGGCAAGGGGAAGAUUCUGACGGUUCUCACGUCACAAUUACACUUGCCGAGUUAUUAUCUAAGCUCGUGAACCUUCAGCCUGAACCACGUGACCCUUAAUUUCCAUAUAUAUAUAUAUUAUCAUAUAAUUUUGCGUUAGGCUAUUUAUAUAUAUAGCUAUCUACACGUGGUGAAGCAUAACAGAUAUUUAUUUUUAUUUAUAAUAUUUUUGGCUAGAAGAAGUCUUUGUUAGAGUAUGAAUGGUAUUGUUGACUUGCUGUGACCAGCAUCUUUUUUGUACAAUUUAUUUUGUUCCCAGUUUGAUAUUUUGAUUGUUUACAUUAAUUACAUAAUAUUUAUUGAGCUGGUUUCUGGUU